AUUAUGAGAUUUGUGCUAUCUGUCCUCAACACACAAGCCUGAAAAUUUAAGUAAAUGCAACAAUAAUAAUAUGACUUUGUUUUCUGAAAUAGCAGGUUCUGAAAAGGAAUCGAUUGAGUUGAAGUCUUAGCGAUUUAAUGUUUUCAGAAAAAGUCAAAACUUUAAUUUUACUUUGAAAUCUUUCUUAUUUUUUUUUUUUUUUUUUUUUUUUUUUUUUUUUUUUUUUUAAAACAAGAGUUAACUUUAAUACAGUGAAGAACAAUGGAAGAAAUUGUUCAAUGUGAUGAAAGAAAUAAAGUUGAGGAAGAAGAGCAAUAUGAUGAUGAUGAAGAAGAAGAAGAAACAGUUCUAAGUGAGCAAGAAGAACAUUAUGACGAAGAAGAACAAAAUGAAAGUUCUGAAGGGAAUGUGACCCUUACACACAAAAGGAAGUACAUAUGCAACGUGUGUCAAAAGACUUUUAAUUAUCGAUCUGUUUUUAUCCGACAUCAGAAUGUCCAUUCAUUUGAAAAACCUUACUUCUGUGACGUCUGCAAGAGGACAUUUCGAUGCGAAGAGAAGCUUCAAAUGCAUUUGUUGUUCCACACCAAAGGGCCUUAUACGUGUGAAGUAUGUGACAAAACCUACUCCAAAUUGCGUUAUCUCCGAACACACUUUAAACUUCACACGAAUGAAAGAUUUUAUGUUUGUAAUGUUUGCAAUAGAACAUUUCAGCAACUGAAAAGUCUGCAAAUCCAUCAAAUGACACACACGGAUGAGAAACCUUACACUUGUGAAACUUGUAAUAAAGGUUUUAAACAUAUUUCUUACCUGCAAAGACAUAUACUUAUCCAUGCAGAGGAAAAACCACACGUGUGCUACGUCUGUAAAAAGAGUUUUUCUCGAAAAAUGUACCUGAAAAAUCACUUGCUCGUUCACACAAGCGAGAAAUCUCAUGUUUGUGAAUUAUGCAAUAAGGGUUUUGCGCGUUUGUCUAGUUUACAAAAGCAUUUGACUAUACACAGUUGUAAAGAAACCUAUGCUUGUGAACAUUGUGACGCUAAGUUUACUCAAAAAAGAAGGUUUGAAAAACAUCAAGUGAGACAUAACGAUGAAAACUGUUUGCAUGUUUGUGAAAUUUGUGAAAAACGCUUUAUGCAAAAAACUGAGCUUCAAAUGCAUUACGCUACUCAUCUUAAAGAAACGUUAUUUGAAUGUGAGAAAUGUAAAAAAGAGUUUAAUCGCAAAGAUAAUUUUAAAAGGCAUUUACAAAUUCAUAACAAAUGCCGUGUGGUGACUGAGAACGCAUGAUUAUUUAUUUAAGACAUAAUUCUUUUGUCAAGUUGAUGCAAAACCAAAAAAAGUGUCUAUGAAUCAAAUUGUUUGUUAAACUACACAUGAUAUUAUGGCAGUUAUGAGAAAAAAAAUUUAUACUUACAUUUAUUUUUUAGAAAAAAAUUUUUUAUUGUGAAAUUUUUUUUUUCCUGGUUAAUUUAUAUUUAUCUAUACAGGGUGCCCCAAAACUCAUGAUGCAUAUGUGAAAGAGUGAUAAAACACAGAUAGAAAAGCACAAAUCACCAUACAAUCAAUGAUCAGAAUGCUAAUCGUAAAGCAUAGUUCUGCUUUCUACACAAAGAAUGGGUAGCACGUGUUUGGUCAGAUAGUACGGUAUGUUAAGUCUAACCACUAACCGGUCGUUUGCGCCGUAUUAAAGCGAGCUUUUCUUUCACAGUUUUUUUAUUAUAUUAAAUGUUAUUCUAACAGACCUUUAUUUUUUUUAUGAAAUAUUUUUUUCUCCGUGAAACUUUUUUCUGCAUAAGUACAAACCAGUCGAAAAUGUUCUCAUUGUGAAAAUGACUGUUAGUGCUAGUACUGUUAAAUACAUUAAAAUUUAACUGUGGACGAUGAUUUUUAAAUUUGGAUACUAUUGUAAGCCAAAAAUUUUACAAUCGAAACAUUGUUUUUGAAUAUAUGGGGAAAAUUAUAUAGAAAUUGACCAGUCAUAAAUGAUUUUUAUUUGUAGUGACAAUUUUUGAAAAUAUCUUCCUACUUUACCAUAUUUUCUUUUAAAUUUAAUAAAAAAGUAAGUAAGGAAGAAAGGAAUAGCUUAGUUAAAACUGGCAAUUAAGUAUUGACUUGCAAGACUCCUCUGUGUGUACUGCAGCAUAAAUAAGGCACAUUCAAAUUUAUUAUAAUUAAAUAUUUUUAUAAAAUUAUUGGUUCAAUAGACUUUUUUUUUGUUGAGUUAUGCAGUUGUGAAGGAUUGCAUAAUAUAAAGUUAUGUUUGAUUAUAUAUAUUUUCAUUUAAAAAAAUCUUUGUCUUUAUUUAUAAAUUUUUAAAUAUUUAAUUUUUUCAACUACUUGGGAUCAAUCAAGUACAACAUCAAAUCUUGUCUAAGUAUGUUAAGGUUAAAAUUCUGUCCUGUUAUCUCAGUAUACUGUUGAUCAGCAGAGUACUCUAAUUAAAAUAAUAUUGUGUAUAUGCA